UUAGGUUAGCUGUAGCCACUUAAAUCGUCUCAAGACUGACUUUAUAGUUAAUGAUUGUUUAAAUCAAGUUUAUAGCUCAUGUCUGCUGAUAUCUCCUUGUGUUUUAAAAAGCAAUAGCGCUUUAUCGUAACCUCUACUUGUUGCCUCUUCAUGGAGACUAGUGUUAGCCUGUAGCUAGCAUUAGCUACUAAACAUCAACAGGAAGUAUAAACUGGCUAAACACAAAUGUCUUGCACUUUGAGUUCUCCAAGCAUGAAUUGUACCUUGGAGAAGGUCCUGGCAGAUGCCAAAUCUUUAGUGGAGAGGCUUCGUAACCAUGACAACGCUGCUGAGAUGUUAAUCGAACAGACGACAUCACUCAACAAACGAGUGGAGGCCAUGCAACAGUACCAGGAGGAGAUCGACUCAUUAAACCAGGUAGCGCGACAUCGUCCUCGUUCCAGUCUGGUCCUGGGAAUCCAACAGGAAAACCGACAGAUCAGAGAGCUCCAGCAGGAAAACAAAGAGCUACGGACGUCAUUAGAAGAACACCAGUCUGCGUUAGAGCUCAUCAUGACCAAAUACAGGGAGCAGGUGUUUCGUCUCCUCAUGGCCAGCAAGAGGGACGACCCCGCCAUUGUGACACAGCUAAAGGAGCAACACACCACGGAAAUGCAAGCACACAUAGACAAGAUCAAUGAGAUGGCCUCUGUGAUGAGGAAGGCGAUAGAGGUGGACGAGGGACGAGUAUGUGAAGACGAGGAGAGGAUUAAACAGCUAGAGCUGGAGAACACCGGACUCCGAGAGCUGCUGGGAAUCAGUCGCGAGGCUUUCCUGGUUCUAAAGAGAGAAGACGCAUCAGAAAGCACGUCACUGUCGCCGUUGCUGACCAGCGCCGAUGUCAGCUUACGGAAAAGCUAGAGAGUCCCCGGUGACUGCCCGCCCCCUUCUCCCCGCCGCUGCCUCUACUGUGUACAGUCUGUUGCACCAUACCACCUCAUCUGUCACCCUACGGAUUCUUUCAACAGCCCUCUCCCUCCUCGUGGAGCAUUUCCAGCAUGAUGCUGCAGAGCUGCAUCCUACAAGCCGUGUGAUCACACAUCUUUGACAUUUUCUUUUUUUUUUUUUUUUUUUUUUUUUUUGUUGGUACUUCUGUUGUUUGCUAAUUUUGCCAGCAUGCAUGAGUCUGUGGUGCCUGCAAGGUUUUAUUGUGUGAAUGGGUAAAAGAAGGGCUUGAGUUAAAAUAAAUCUCUAAACGUGAAA